AUGUUGAAGACUUCACCGUGUGCUCUUCUGCUGGUUAAUUCUACUAGAAGUUUCUGCUGUGAACAAACUCGUGAUGAAGUUCGUGUACGUUUCGCUCCUUCCCCAACCGGUAAUUUGCAUUUGGGUGGCCUAAGAACGGCACUUUACAACUUUUUGUUUGCUCGAUCUCAAGGAGGUAAAUUUGUUUUGCGAAUCGAGGAUACCGAUCAGCAACGUUUGGUGCCUGGUGUAGUGCAGCAGAUAGAAGCGACAUUGGACCGGUAUCAGCUUUUUCGGGAUGAAGGUCCUUCUAACAGUGGAAAAUUCGGACCAUAUUUUCAAUCUGAAAGAAAAGCGACUUAUCGGGAUGCUGUUGAGCAACUUAUUGAUAGUGGUAAUGCAUAUCGAUGUUUUUGUACGAAAACACGCUUGGAUAUGCUACGUCGGGAGGCGGUUAGACGUCAUGAAGUGCCCAAAUAUGAUAACCAUUGUCGUGGAUUGACUGAUGAAGAAGUUAAGAAGAAACUGGAGAGUGGUGAGAAUUAUGCUAUCAGAUUCAAGUUAGAACGAAAGGAAAUAUAUUUCGAGGAUCAAAUUUUUGGUGAAAUCACACAGAAUAGCAAUGAAGGAGAUUUUAUACUGAUGAAGACUGAUUCAUUUCCAACCUAUCAUUUGGCAAAUGUUGUUGAUGAUCAUCAUAUGCAAAUCAGUCAUGUGAUACGUGGUUCCGAAUGGCUUACAUCUGUUUCGAAGCAUGUACAACUUUAUCAGGCCUUUGGAUGGUCGUCUCCUGUGUGGAUUCAUCUUCCAUUGCUGGUGAGAAGUAGUAAAAAGAAACUUUCAAAACGUGACAAGGAUGCUUUUGUGGGAUUUUAUGAUAUCGACAGAGGGUAUUUGCCAAUUGCAGUGCUGAAUUAUUUAUGUCGAAAUGGAAGUGGUAUUAAAGAUUUCGAUGUAUCGAAGCUAUAUACGCUGGAUGAGAUGAUAAGAAAGUUUGACUUUCAUUUAAUUGGAAAGCGAAAUAUAACGUUAGAUCAAUUGGCUCUUGACGCAUAUGGUUAUAAAGCGAUUCAGAAUGCUGACGUUGAUGAGCAAUUGGUGCCAGAAAUUAUGAGACGUCUUCAGAGGACAUUUCCAGGAACUCCAGCAAAAUUGAAUGUCGAUCCCGAUUAUGUGAAAAAGGUGCUCGAUUUAUUCAAACGAAUGAAUCAAAAGUUAUGUUAUCUGGAACAGUUAACCGAUAGUGACUUCAAAUAUUACUUCUUACGACCAACUAGCCCGGAAAAAGCGGUUUCUUUGUUUGAUCCGCACAUGAUAUCGUCCAUUCUCAAUGGUUUUAUGGAUUGCGGAGAUUGGAACCUGGAUUACAUAAAAACGCUGGCUUCCACACAUGGUAUCGAAUGUGCCCAAAUAUUUCAAAUUAUACGUUUAGCAUUAAUCGAUUGCCAAAGCGGACCACCGAUUAUGGAGCUGUUUGAAUUCUUCGGAAAAAAUGAAUGUUUAAAGAGAUUUUCGACUAUGGUUGGAAUGUUAAAAGAAUCGAAUUUGUCAUCAACAUCAACAGUCUAA